GAGGAUGCCAUUGCCACGAGGAGGGGUAUGGAGACAGAUGCACGGCAGCGCCGCGCAAGCACUUCACCGCUACUAGAUUGAUUCAGACUAGUGUCUAUAUAUAUAGAGAGAGAGACACACACACACACACACAGCGGGACGGGACGCCUUGCCCACAGCAUCCGGGUCUUUCCCUUCCGUUCCAGCAACUAACUGAGUCGGCCGGAGACGCGCAUGGAUAAUCAUCAGAGCCACCCAGCUUUGGCGACCAUGGCGCUUCUUCUCUGUGUGGUCGUGGUGGCGUUGCUGUCGCCGGCGGCGGAGGCGUUGGAUGAGGAGCUGCGCAAGCAAAGCAAUAUUAGCAGCAGUGGCUGCGGCAACGGCAAGCCUCCUCCUUCUUCCCUGUGGGUGUUUGGUGACUCUUACGCGGACACGGGGAACCUGGGUGACCUCGGGCGGGAGCUGACGCACGCGUGGUACGACCCCUACGGCCUCUCCUUCCCCGGCCGCCCCACCGGCCGCUUCUCCGACGGCCGCGUCCUCACCGACUUCAUAGCUUCGGCUAUGGGAAUGCCGACGCCAGUGGCUUACAAGCUGCGCCGGGGCGCCGCCCGCGGGCUCCUGGCGCGUGGCAUGAACUUCGCCGUCGGUGGCUCCGGCGUGCUCGACACCGGUAACUUCCAGCGCAACAUCAGCGCGCAGAUCGACCUGUUCCAGGCGCAGCACCCGCCCUCCAGCCGCGGCUGCGACGCCGGGGUCGCGGUCGUCGUCGUCUCCGGCAACGACUACUCCUACGCGGCCGACAAGGACAACAGCACAAACGCUGCGAUCGCGUACAUCCCGACGGUGGUGCGGCGUCUCCGGGAGCAGCUGCGGCGGCUGCGGGACGAGGUGGGGAUGCGCAAGGUGGUGGUGACGAACCUGCACCCGAUGGGGUGCACGCCGCUCUUCACCCGCGCGCUCAACUACAGCGGCUGCGACCCGCUGGCCAACAUGGGCGCCGCGCAGCACAACACGGCGCUGCAGUCCGUGCUCGCCGCGCUCGACCCGACCAACCGCACCUUCCUCCUCCUCGACCUCAACGCGCCCUUCGCCGCCUUGGUCGACUCGCCGUCGCCGGAGAGCAGCAGCCUUGGUCGGUUCGCGGAGCCGAGGCGGCCGUGCUGCGAGAGCUUGAGCGCCGACGGCUACUGCGGGCAGCAGGACGACAACGGCAAGAGGCAGUACACGCUGUGCACCGACCCCGGCAAUCACUUCUACUGGGACGACGUCCACCCCACGCAGGCCGCCUGGGCCGCCGUCGCUCAAACAUUCAGGCCUAACAUCCAGGCUUUCCUCUCUGCCUGACCUUGGAUUCAUUCAACCUUUUCUUCGUGAUAAAAACCACCCGAAAAGAGUGCGUAUGUACGAGAGAGAAAUUGCCCAAAGCUAACCAAGAUGUUCAAUUCACCCGCUCAUUAGUGAGAGAGA